AUGUUCGCUCAUGGCAUCGCGCUACAUCUACUAAUCACUGUCGUUACGGCUUCUUACCCUACGCUGAGGGAUCUGGUGAAUCCCCAAGAGCAGUACGCAUUGCGAGAUACACUCUCCACCUUGGUUGAGUUCGAGUACAAAGACAACGUCAUCGGAUCGUUAACCAUCCUGUUCAUCCGACACCUUAUUGCGUGGAAACUCGUGUCUCGUUCACACCUCUCCGGUAGCACGUGUAUGCGUGUGGCACGACUCUUAGCAAUCGUCUCUUUCGGUUCGCGAGAUAUCCUGUUCCAAGGGGAUAUUCGUAUGCCGACGUCAUUACUUGCUCACAUGGUGAGUAGCGCAAACACUCGUCGGAAACGAACAGCUUUCCGAAAUCGCCAAUAUCCGGGUACUAUUUGGAAGACAGGCGUUCCCUUUGCUUUCCACAAGAGCUUAAGUAUGUUUAUCUGCUAUUCACCGGGCAUGAUGAAGGCUGUUGGAGUACAGUGGGGAGAGCCUGCGUGGCAACGGCAGCAGAUCGUCUCUAUUGGACCCGGCUGUGAACCUUUCGGCAUCUCGUCCCACGAAGUUGCGCACGCACUGGGUAUGUUCCAUGAGCAAUCGAGAUUCGAUAGGGACAACUGGGUUAAUGUAUACCCUAAUCGGGUUCCACGGUCUUUACUCUACAACUUUGCUAAGGUCAGCUUCUACUCUUGA